AUGACCGACCAUCAUGGGGACGAGCGCGCACAGCAAGGCGCUGCUCCCCUGCGCAGAGAACGGGCACCAACCAUCACCAUAGAUACCUCCGCUGUGAACUCACCCGAUGCCAGUCCACCCCCCGUUCAGAUCAUCUCGGCGCCGCAGCCAUCGCUUCAGGUGUCCACAGACACAGUCGAGUCGGAUACCGGUGCUCUCAUGAGUAGCAGCAGCCAGGGGUCCCCCACCGACCCACGGUCGAACGCCUCCAUCGCCUCCAAUGCCUCCUCCGAGGGCAGGGAUCGUGACGAUCGGCCUACCUCCCCCCCACAAUCCCCCGAGGCCAAUUCGAAUUUCCUCUCGGUCCCGGGCACCCGGUCGCGUGGAAACUCCUUGGAGUCGGAAGAUACUUCCCAGUCGACCAGCUCCUACGGUGGAGAUACCUACGUGCCAUCCCCGACCCAUCGCUCACAGGGUUCCGACUUGUCUGAAAUGACCAGGGUCCAAAACAUCGAUACUGAAGAUGCUCUGAGUCCCGACCCAGGCCGGGAGGACGAGUUCAAAGUGGAGGACAAUCGGUUCGCGUUUUCCCCUGGCCAGCUGAACAAGCUGUUGAAUCCGAAGAGCUUCGCUGCGUUCCGGGCUUUGGGUGGGUUGCGAGGACUGGAGAAGGGUCUGCGCACUGAUGUUCGCAGUGGUCUGAGUAUGGACGAAACUACGUUGGACGGGACGGUUGCAUUCGAAGAUGCAGUGGCCUCGGACUCAACAUCUAAAUCCGCUUCCGCGAAGUCACCGUUGCCUACCACCACGGUCACUGAAGGACCUUCUACACCCGCUUCGCCGACAAGCUCGGAUACAGACGAGAAAUUCGCGGACAGGAGACGGGUUUUUGGAACUAACAAGUUACCCGAGAGGAAGCUCAAGUCGAUCUGGGAGUUGGCCUGGAUUGCGUACAAUGACAAGGUCUUGAUCUUGUUAACGAUUGCUGCUAUUAUUUCCCUUGCAGUGGGUAUUCCUCAGUCUUUGCACCCGGCUGAUCCAGAUGAGCCGGGUGUAGAGUGGGUGGAAGGUCUCGCUAUUCUCGUCGCCAUCAUCAUUGUCGUCGUGGUUGGCGCUGCGAACGAUUGGCAAAAGGAACGCCAAUUCGCCAAGCUCAAUAAGAAGAAGGAGAAUCGACUCGUGAAAGUCGUCCGAUCCGGAAAGACUCUGGAGAUCUCGAUCCAUGACGUGGUCGUGGGUGAUGUGAUGCACUUGGAACCGGGAGACAUGAUCCCAGUAGAUGGAAUUUUGAUCGCCGGCCACGACGUCAAGUGCGACGAAUCAUCCGCCACUGGAGAGUCAGAUGUCAUGCGCAAGACCCCCGGUGAUGAUGUCUACCGGGCACUCGAACACAAUGAGAAUCUGCGGAAAAUGGACCCCUUCAUCAUCUCCGGCGCCAAGGUGUCUGAGGGUUUGGGGACGUUCUUGGUAACUGCAACCGGUGUCCAUGCCACCCAUGGGCGGACCAUGAUGUCCCUUCAGGAAGAGGGCGAAACGACUCCACUGCAGACAAAGCUGAACAAGCUGGCCGAGUACAUUGCCAAGCUUGGUCUUGCUUCGGGCCUGCUAUUGUUUGUCGUUUUGUUCAUCAAAUUCCUCGUUCGUCUGAAGAACAUCGAUGGAGGCGCAGAUGCAAAGGGUCAGGCGUUCUUGCAAAUCUUCAUUGUCGCCGUCACCAUUGUGGUGGUUGCUGUUCCGGAGGGUUUGCCCUUGGCAGUAACAUUAGCGCUGGCGUUUGCUACGACUCGAAUGAUCAAGGAUAACAAUUUGGUUCGUUUCUUGAAGGCUUGCGAAACGAUGGGUAACGCAACGACUAUCUGCUCCGACAAGACCGGUACUCUCACAGUGAACAAGAUGACAGCUGUUGCUGCCACCCUUGGAACUACCUCCCGGUUUGGAGACAAGGCCAAUACCCGCGACGGCCCCACGGAUCGUUCUGAUGUCUCUGCAUCCGAACUUGUUUCCACGCUCUCUCCCUCUGUGAAGGACAUUCUGCUGAAGUCGAUUGUCUUGAACUCAACUGCAUUCGAAGGUGAGCAGGAUGGAGUGAAGACGUUCAUCGGAUCCAAGACAGAAGAAGCUCUUCUCUCUUUUGCCCGCGAACAUCUCGGAAUGGGCCCUCCAAGCGAAGAGCGCGCCAACGCAAAGAUCCCGCAGUUGUUCCCCUUUGAUUCGGACCGCAAAUGUAUGGCUGUUGUCGUUCAGUUAGACAACGGCAAGUUCCGCAUGCUGGUCAAGGGUGCUGCUGAAAUCUUGAUUGCGAAGUCCUCUCACAUCAUCCGCGAUCCAACCCAGGAACUCGCCGAGGUGCCUAUCACUGAUGAGAAUCGGUCAACCUUGGACACGAUUAUGUCCUCCUACGCCUCUCGCUCGCUGCGUUGUAUUUCUCUUGUGUACCGCGACUUUGACCAAUGGCCGCCUCGCGGAGCUCAACUCUCGGAUGCCGACAAGACCAUGGCUGAAUUCGAUCCUCUGUUUGAAAACAUGACUGUUUUGGGUAUCUUUGGUCUUCAAGACCCGGUUCGACCUGGCGUGGCUGAUGCUGUCUACACUUGCCAGCGUGCCGGUGUAUUUGUGCGUAUGGUUACCGGUGACAACAUCAACACUGCGAAGGCCAUUGCUCAGGAGUGUGGUAUCUAUACCCCGGGUGGAAUCGCUAUCGAGGGACCAAAGUUUCGCAAGCUUAGUAGCAAGCAGAUGAACCAGAUCAUUCCACGAUUGCAGGUGAUUGCCCGUUCAAGCCCCGAGGAUAAGAAGAUCUUGGUCAACCAGCUGAAGAAGCUGGGCGAAACUGUUGCUGUGACUGGUGAUGGCACCAACGAUGCUCAGGCUCUGAAGAAUGCCGAUGUCGGUUUUGCCAUGGGUAUUACUGGUACUGAGGUUGCUAAAGAAGCCUCGGAUAUCAUCCUCAUGGAUGACAACUUCGCGUCAAUUGUCAAAGCUAUGUCGUGGGGCCGAACUGUCAGCGAUGCUGUGAAGAAAUUCCUCCAAUUCCAAAUUACCGUCAACAUUACCGCUGUUUUGCUGACUUUUGUCUCUGCUGUUGCUAGCGACUCGGAAAACUCGGUUCUGAGUGCUGUACAGCUGCUCUGGGUCAACCUGAUCAUGGAUACCUUCGCUGCCCUGGCGCUGGCAACUGAUCCACCAUCGCCAUACGUUCUGGACCGCAGACCCGAGUCAAAGGCUACUCCCCUUAUCACCCUUACGAUGUGGAAGAUGAUUAUCGGGCAAUCGAUCUACCAGCUGGUUGUCACAUUCGUGCUCAACUUUGCUGGCGACUCUAUCUUCUCAUGGGACAAGGGACACAUGCAAACCGUCGUCUUCAACACUUUCGUCUUUAUGCAAAUUUUCAACCAGUACAAUUCUCGCCGAAUUGAUAACAAGCUGAACAUUCUAGAGGGAAUUUGGCGCAAUAAAUGGUUCAUUGGCAUCCAGGUUAUUAUUAUCGGAGGUCAAGUCUUGAUCAUCUUUGUCGGUGGACAAGCGUUCUCUGUUAAACGUCUAGACGAAGGAUCUCAAUGGGCCGUCAGCCUUGUCCUUGGCGCUAUCUCGUUACCCAUCGCCGUCAUCAUCCGGCUCAUUCCGGAUGAAUUCAUCAGGAAACUCAUCCCACACUUCUGGAUUCACAGCAAGAAAGAUAACGGCCCCGAGCUAGUCGUCUCCGACGAAGACCGUCACUUCGAGUGGAACCCUGCAUUAGAAGAAAUUCGCGACCAGCUCGCUUUCAUCAAAACCGUCCGCGGAGGCCGACUCACUCACAUCCGCCACAAACUGCAACACCCGCAGGAAUUUCUGCCUCGAUCUCGCAGCGGCUCACGUUCACGCGAGUCGUCCAUCCCCCCCACACCAAACGGCGACAACGGAAGCCCUCCUCCUCCUCAAUCCCCCGAAUCACGCUCUCGACGAAACACCCGCUCUCGGUCUAACUCUACAUUCGGUCCUGCCGCCGCUAUGGCUGGCGUUGUCGCUGGUAGUAUCGCCGGAUGGUCCCCCAUUGAGCGAGGCCACGACGAUGUCAACUCUAUGGCCUUCCCAAUUGCCGAUUUCCACGCAGGCCUGGAUUGUCAGCAGGGCAUUGAGGUUCAUCCCGAUACUGCAGCCGAUGACCGCAUUGUCACCGAAUAUUCUACGAAGUCGAAGAUACCCCCCAGCCAAAACCCAGAUCUCAUUCCGUUCUUCGAACACGCUCCCCCCUCUACUGCAGAGAGGGCGCCCUCUAGUCGGGGCCGUCGCUCCUUGUCCCAGAGAUCUCGAUCAAGUCUGAGCCCAUCCAACAUGUAA